AGGGAUGAAAGAAUGUUAGCAUGCCAAUGAUUUUGCUCCGUAUGCCUAACUUGAUCACUUCUCUAGGUAGCCAAUCUGGGUUGGCAUUUCUUGCUUUCAGGAGGAAAGAUAGAAAAAAAAAUUCUAGUCUAUCAGUUAGGGUGGUCGUAUCGGUUGCGCUGCCCGCUUGGAUUUUUGAUUAUUUCCAGAGAUGAAUGGAUUGUCCUGCGUUAUCUUCGCAGAUUUAUUGUACAUACAUGAGAUGUUUGAUGGAUUAAGCAUACAAGGGGCUGGUUCUUGUUCCUCUUUCAUUUCUUUUGUAGCCAGGAAGGUCACUUGUAGUGUAGAGCACGUAUACCUAGUAUCCUCUCUCUCUCUCCUCGACCUUUGUAUACCGAGCUUCAGACAAUUACAUAGAUGGACCACCCAGCGUCAGAACCCGCAAUCACUGAUAUCCCCCACAAGUCCCCUUGGUUUACUUUUCCCCUCGUACUGGCGCCAUUUCCUCCUUGCUUUGUGCAUUCUCAUACAUAGUCACUCUACCAUACGCAGUAAUAAGAACGCUCCAGCCAGUCAGUCAGUCAGUCAAGUCGUGUUUCGAAUCCCAAUUCCGAAUUUCCUAUUCGCCCGGAAAAUAAAGGCGUUUAGGUUAUUCCCACAGGAUAAACGAGUUGCAUUCCGGGUACACUAUUAGCUUGCUGUGAGCCGCUAGUAGAUACUAGUAGAUCGCACCCCAGUAGGGCCCCC